AUGGUUGCUCUCGACCCCACCAUGCAGUCCUCCCUCGUCGACUUCGUCAGCCCGCUCUCCUCGGUCCAGUCCUUGGUGGUGAAAUCCGCGCUGGUCCUGUCCCUGCACAUCCUCCUGUUCAUCAUGCUCGUGCCGCAGCAGGAGCAGAAGCGGAGCCGGAGGACGCAUUGGGCCGAGAAGAACCAGCAGGCUUCGCAGCCGGCUGUCGUUCCCAUCAAACCCGCUGCUGGUGCUGGCGGCAAGCAUGAGAGGAAAGACAGCUUGUUCUCGUGA